GCUGGAGAGGGGCCCCCGGAGGCUGAACCCCCCCACCCCGAAGCUAGUGCUGGAGAGGGGCCCCUGGAGGAUGACCCUGCAACAGCUGGAGAGAGGCUCCUGGAGGCUGAACAGCCCAACCCAAGCUGGUGCUGGAGAGGGGUCCCUGGAGGGUGAACCUGCCCCCCAUAUAUUGUGACAUAAAUAUAAUUAAGUGGUCACAUGCAGGUAUCUUCCCCAUGAGGAUCUGAUCUAGUGCCCGCUGGAGCAUUAAAACUGGAGUGCUUGACUGUGCUGGGGGCAGAAACACCCUUUGGCCUAGGCUCAGUGACAUGAGUAUACUGAGUAUGUUGCUGUAACCUCCUCUGUCCGUGCAGGCAGCUGUAUUAGUACUUGCUUCUGCUUAUUAAAUUAUGUAUUUCCACUGACCUGAAAGGAGCUGGUUACAGUUCUGGCUGGUGAUGUACCAAGAUCAAGAAGCUUUCAAACCAUGUCUUCUCUGAGCAUGUCUUUGCUGCAGAAUAAUACUGAGAUAAAUUAACAGAAGAUAGAGAGAAAAGAGCUGUUAGAUCAAGUGCUCCAUCUUUCUGCAGAGCAGGGAAGCCAGUGUUUUUUACCCAGAAAAAGCAGUUGACCACCAGAAGGAAUGUGAAGUUCACCAGUAUGUGAAGUUUAUUUCUAAACAAGAUGUUGUCUGGAGGACCAAAUAAACUUUUAUGGACCAUUGGAGCCGAAAGAUUAGUUACAUGACAUUAUUUUUGUCUCUUCACUGUGCAGUUCUGUACCAAGUCAAUGUUGCUUUAUGUUAAGACCAAACAGUAGUCUCCUGACAUCAACAUGUCGUCUGUAACGAACACUCAGACUCUAGCGGACUUUGAUCCUCCUGUCCCUGAGGAAAAGUCAAAGGGGAAAUCAUUAUUUCAGUUGGGCCCCUUCUUUGCUAACAGGAGUGAGAAAAUUGUAAUUGCCAGGAGUGACAGUGUACCAGAAGAAAAUGUACUGAAAAUAACCAUCACUGAGACUACAGUCAUUGAGUCGGACUUGGGCAUCUGGAAUUAUCAUGCUCUGAUCUACCUCACAUUGUGGUUUUUCUUUAGCUUUUGUACCCUUUUUCUUAACAAAUACAUUCUUUCACUACUGGAAGGAGAACCCAGCAUGCUAGGUGCUGUUCAGAUGCUUUCAACCACUUUCAUUGGCUGUAUAAAAAUGUUUGUUCCAUGCUGUUUGUACCAGCACAAAACACGUAUCUCUUACCCUCCCAAUUUCAUCAUGACAAUGUUGUUUGUUGGACUGAUGAGGUUUGCAACAGUGGUUUUAGGUCUAGUAAGCUUGAAAAAUGUGGCUGUUUCAUUUGCUGAAACAGUUAAAAGCUCUGCACCUAUUUUUACUGUCAUUAUGUCCCGGAUGAUUUUAGGGGAAUACACUGGAUUGCUGGUGAAUCUGUCUCUCAUUCCUGUCAUGGGAGGAUUAGCUCUAUGUACAGCCACUGAAAUCAGUUUCAACAUUCUGGGUUUUUCGGCAGCUUUGUCUACUAACAUCAUGGACUGUUUGCAAAAUGUUUUUUCCAAAAAGCUGCUCAGUGGAGACAAAUAUAGGUUUUCUGCUCCAGAACUUCAGUUUUACACAAGUGCUGCUGCAGUUAUUAUGCUCAUUCCAGCUUGGAUAUUUUUCAUGGAUGUGCCAGUGAUUGGGAAAAGUGGAAGGCGUUUCAGUUACAACCAAGAUGUCAUUGUACUGCUCCUAAUAGAUGGAGUCUUGUUCCAUUUGCAGAGUGUUACAGCAUAUGCCUUGAUGGGAAAGAUUUCUCCUGUAACUUUCAGUGUUGCUAGUACUGUGAAGCAUGCGUUGUCAAUCUGGCUAAGUAUUAUUGUGUUUGGUAACAAAAUUACAAGCCUCUCAGCCAUUGGGACAGUUCUAGUAACAAUUGGCGUUUUGCUAUAUAACAAGGCAAAGCAACAUCAGCAAGAAACAAUACAAAGCCUGGCAGUGGCAGCCUCACAGAACACAACUGAAGAUACCAAGCCACUAAUAUCCAAGGAUUUAAAGCCAUAUGAGUGAUACGGCUCUUAAUUCUUCUACCACAACCUGACAUAACUCAGAGGAACUCUCUCUUAAAUGGACGCUACCCUAGCUGUUGGCAAUGCUUGGUUUCUUUGAAUUCACAACAGGUGAAAGAAUGGACUUCACUGCAGAGAAGGAAAAAAGGAGAAGAUCCUAUAAGCCCUGGCUUACUAGAAACUGACAUGUAGAACAGAAGACCAAGAGUAAUCCAAUAUGGUAAACAUUGGCGUCAUACUCCUUUCUUGACUCUGCAAAUAAAUAACAAGACUAUACUGGAGAUAAAACUUCAGUGUCAGAUGGAAAAAUAACUUGUGCCCCAGCCCCACCAAAGUAAUGUGAUAACAUGACCCAUCCCUGUUUUCUGCAUGCUUGCAGUAGGAUGAAACUAGUGCGGAGGAAAAAAAUGUCUAGUUGCCACUCUUCUUAAACAUCCUAGACUGCCUGUGUGCAUGGAGAGGAUCUGGGAGAAAGCACUUUGAAAGACAAAAUCAGUAAUUUUUGCUUACACAGCUGUUGGUGUAAAUGAUGAAAAUAGGCAGCUACUCUUGAGUAUAAAGCCAGCAAAGAGAAUUUUGCUUUCCUUUGAAAUUCUCUAACAACUGGAGCAUUGCAGUUUGCCUGGGUACCGACCACAUGCAUGUUUCUGCAAAAAUGAAACACGCACACAUGCCUAUAAACUAGGAGUCAACACAAAUAAGUAUAGUUGCUAUCAGGCAAAAACCACUGGAAAUUUUCAGAAAUAAAUGAGGCAUCAGCAUUUCUAUAGUAAGUACUGUCUUAAUUUUAGAAAUACAAAAGUUUCCUUUGCAUUGUAAUUUAUCAUAAAAUAUUUUUGAGGCAAGAGGGGAAUGAGUUUGUUUGUUUUAAUCUAUAGGAGAGCAGUAAAAAAACAAUAGACUUCUUGAAAUUCGGGGUUACAACUGUCUUUAGCUUUUGUGCUCAAAUAUUUUAGUAUGUCCUGUUACAGUGAUAAGUCAGAAUGGAUAGAGUUUUAACCUUAAAUUGAGAAUAUUCUGACGUCUGUUUCUUUUAAGUUUUUUUUUUUAAUUUUGCAUGAUAUAAUGUUAAAAAAAAAUCAGUGCUUUGAGAGAAAGAAGGUAGAAAGCUUCAGCUUCAUUUUGAUUAUUUCACUUUUAAAAAACGCUAAAUCUUUCUUCAUUGUUGUCAGAAUUACAGCAUAGGCCUCUCUCUCCAUAGGGCAGCCAUGGUCAUCAAUCAAGAUUUAGAAAUUCCCUACAAUAACCGGUGUAGUCCUGGUUUUACCUAAUGUUAGUGAAACCCAAAUCAGUGCCGUGAAGCACAGUGUAUCAUGCCAUAGGCAUGUCUAACUUUUACCAGACAAAAAUAUAGCAACUUGAUCUGUGGUACAGCCAGAUUUCACUCUCAAACAAAGUGAUGGAUUUGCUCACUCAUAUAGGGCUUUUAAUAUAAAAGAAAUUGCCCCUCCAACUGCAAACAAUAAGUGCUUUUCUCCAGUAAACCAAAGCAUUAAACUACAAGUAACAAAUCCAAACAAGAUGCAAUCUGGGGAUCAUGAAGAGUUUGGGCUGUGAAAAAUUGGGAAUAAAAAACAAAGCUAAGGUAGUAUUCUCAAAGUGUUCAUCCUUUUUUACUGCCUACACACUAAUGUUUGCACUAGCUUUGUGUCUGACCAUCUGACAUGAUCUGGAGAGUGGUCUGUGCUGUAAGGUCAGGGAUAUUGGGAACACACCGAAACAAAGCUAUGCAUUGUUUAAAAAUCCAGUAGUUAAUGUAGAGUGGACGUGCUGCAAUAUAAAACUGUUUCCUUUUAGCUGUUAGAUAUAACUUGCAAUUGUAGUGGUCUCUUUAGACCUGUUUACUUAUUUGGGCAAAUCUGCUGCAUGUCUAGAUCCCUUUAGGGAAAUAAAAAGUUAAGCUUGGAGUUCUGUUUGACAAGAUGCUAGCUUCAGAAGAGUCUGUCUAUAUGAAAGAGUCCACCAUCUAUCCCAUAAAUAAAUUGAGCAUAGUCAGUAGAAUUUAUUGGACACAUUCUGCACAUAGCCAAUUGGCAUAUGUUUCCAGCCUGGCACUAUUUUUCUCAUCUACACAAGGGAUAAACAGAUCUGUAGCUCCAUUUGCCUUGUGACAGCUCAACAUCUAGCCAAAUCAACUACGUGAAUCAGCCAAAUUUCUGAUGAAUGUCAUCUAGAUGCAAAGUCAUAGGUAAAGCUGUGGACUAUUUGAGAUCAAGCUCAUUUUUAAGUUCUGCCUUCCAAUAGUUGACUUAGCGUUCUGCCAAGAAUUUACAGUCGCAAUUUCACUGAGAUUUUCAAAGUCCAGUAUCACUUCUUGGCUUACAUAAAGGUAGAUAAUUGUCAAUAAUUGUGCACGGAACCAAUAUUUUAACUGUCUAGCAUAUUUUUUAUAAAAAGUACACAUCUUCCAUGAACUGCCAUUCUAAGAUGUAAUAUAAGUGGCUUAAUGAAAACAUUUGAUUUUUUUUUUUAAGCUUGUCCUGAUGUAAGUUACCCAAUGCAUUAUUUUCACUGCCAGUUUCUUUUUGAUUGUAUAUGCCUUUUUGUUAAAGAGAAAAUAUGCGAACUGCAUGCAAAGAUUGUUUGGAUUUGGAUUAUUACGUGGCUCAACAGUCAGGCCUUUGAGGUCCAUUGAAGUCCAAGAACAGAGUUCUCUAAUGUUUUCUCUUUGGAAAACAUGACAGAUUUCCUGUUGCCAAAGUGUAUAAUAUGUUUAUUUGAAAAUCAAAGGGCAUAUCCUUAUUUUGCAUGCAUGAUUUUACUACAUCAGAAUAAAUAUAUUGCCUUGGAUUUCUGGGAUGUCAAAGGGCCUUCAAAUAAACCAUUGUGUAAAUACCUAGCUAAUUUGGCAAGGAGAGUGAUACUGAAAACCACAGGGUAAACAUAAAUCACAGUAGGAUAGGGCGGGUAUUUAUUUUAAAAUCCCCCUCACCCCUAGUAUGGCAUACUGAUGCUUGACUGACGGGACCAACUGACUUGCAGAUAUAAGGAAACAGUUCAUUAUGUACAUUAACGAUGAUGAUACUAUCCCCAAAACUACAUAUCUGCCAUCUGAAGAUGUGGUUAAUAAAGCUGCUGUUGGACAAUGAUUAUUAUAUAUAUUAAUCUCCCCAUGGAUAUAAAAUGCUGGGUUAAUUGUAAUUAGGUUGUGACCAUUUCAUGUUGAAUCCCUCUCUCCCCUUAUGACUAAGCGAUCCCAGUGUUCUAGUCACCCUGCAAUUUGAUCUUUCUCUAACUUUCUUAUAAAAAUCUGAGUAGCAUUUGUGGUACAAAUGAGUUACUGUGAAGACUCCAUUAUCGUACAUUGACUCUGCUGCCUGGAUUUUAGCACAAGUGACUUACUUAAGCAGUCCUAAGGAAUCAUUUCUUUUUCAAAUAUGAAUCAAAGCUAAUAUUUUUUUUGUUUGUUUUAAAAAUUAUAGCUCAUGGCCUAUUCCUGACUUUUAUUCAUAGUUUCUCCCCUUUUCUGCAGGUUAUUUCCCCUAUGUUUUUGUCUUUUAGUGGGUGUAGGUUAGAGAUGUAAAUAUUGUUUAAAAAGUUAACUGUUUAAACAAUUAAAAUUACAUGGUUUAAUCGGUUAACCGAUUAAAGGGAGAGGGGCUGGGGUUGGUUGGUCGGGCUGGGGCUGAGGUCAUCUGGCUCGGGACUGGGGCUGCUUCAGCCAGCUGGCCUAGGGUUGGGAGUUAACGGUUAGGGUGGGUUAACCAGUAAGACUAAUGCUUACUGGUUCACCGUUUAAUAUUUUAUAUCCCCAGUGUAGCUGCUUUUAAGUUUCCCCUCAUACCAAUAGCAAGGGAUAGGUGUCUUGAAAAUAACUCGGACAUUUUCUUUUCUCUUGUUCUCUUUCCAGCCACUGCAGAUCUCUAUAAUCACUCUUGUGUUUGUCUUAAGGAAUGAAAGUGCUCCCAAGCCCAGUUUUUGCACAGUCCAACAUGAUGCCUCAGAACUGGGGUGAAUGUUUAGCUUUUAAGCCACUUCUUGAAAGCUGAACACUUCAUGCCUAUUUAAGCAGCAUUUUAUUAAUUUAAUGGAGCUUCCCGAACCACAUUUUGCUAGUCACAUUAGUAACCCUAUCUAAGAAAAUAUGACUCGAACUACCCCAGUUGGGCAGCUCCUCUUCUAACUGUUUUUAGGAGAGAAUCUAAUCACAUCUUCUCUAUCCUGUCGGUAAGGGAUGGAGAAGAGAAGGAGGAGCAGAACACCAGAAAUGGUCAUCAGUAUCCACUUGGAGAGAAUUUCAGCUCCUGAACCGCAAUAAAGCAAGGCUUCCUGGAAGCCUCAGAAAGCUGCCAUGGUUCAGCACCCUCAGAGCCAAGUUUUUGCUAACUAGUCAUUGAUCAGAAGAAAGAAUCAGUGAAUUGCUGUUUCAGUGCAGGCAAAGGGUUCUAAAUGAAGAUUUAAAUAAGUAUGUUACAGAAGAGAGGAAUUUAUCAAGUGGGUAAUAGUAGGGUGACCAGAUAGCAAGUGAGAAAAAUCGGGACCCUUUUUUUCCCCGGGGGAACGAGAUAGUUGUAUGUAAGACAGAGCCCCUAAUAUCAGGAUGGUCCCAAUAAUAUGAGGAUCUCUGGUCACCCUAGAUAAGGGUAUUGGCUCACCGUUCAGCAGUCCUUUAAGUGGAAGAUACUUUAGCGUCUGAGAAACUUGAAAACACAGUAACUCUAAUUGCUGCUUCUAUGUCAGGGCCAAACCUUUAUGUAUUUGAUACCAAACUACGAAUGUUGGACUGAAAUACAUGAUACAUAUUAUUUUGUAGGUAUUUUGUAUAGUCACAAUUCCAGUGUUUAUGUAAGGUAGGACAUUUGAGUACUUUAUAAAAAAAAAAUAAAAUCCCUCAUGCAUAAUCAAUUAAAUAUAACUGUUAAUUCUGUUUGUAAUAAAUAUCUGAUCCUGUGAAUACCAGUCGUGAUUGUUCCUGUGUAUGAUGCAAACAGACAUGAUUAAACAUCCUCGUUUUUUACUUAUUCUUGAAAAGAAGAAAGUUAAUGUAUAAUGUUUUUAUUCAUUAUUUCUUCUAAGAAAAAAAUAAAAAAUUCCAUCAUGUAA